CGAAUAGAAUUGCAAACAAAAGUGCGUCAUUACAGCACUGCAGGACUGUCGGAACGCGUUUGUGUUUUGGUUUUGUCGAACCUAUAAAUCAUAUAUAGAUUUUUCUCUGGCUUUCUUUUUCGCAUUGGCUUAAGAACAUGGUGAAGAUAGCAUUUAAUUCCGCUCUGGCGCAGAAAGCGUUUGUAAAAGAAGUUCCUGUCUCAGAAAAGGACCCAGAGACAGGCUCUGCGUACAGCAGCGAGAGUUCCACUGGCCGCUGUCUGCUCACGCUGCUCGGUUUGGCCUUCAUCAUUUCAGGCCUUGUUGUUGGUGGAGCCUGUGUGUACAGGUAUUUGACACCCAAGAAACUCUAUCAUGGAUCCAUGCAGUUCACAGAUAUGGACAGUGCUGAUAUGGACAUGGAGGCUCACGCGCCCUACUACCUACCCCGUGUUGAUGAGGAUGUGGAGAUCCGUGACAACGUGGCCAUCAUUAAUGUCCCUGCGCCUCGCUUUGGGGCAGGAGACCCAGCUUACAUCCUGCAUGAUUUUAAAAGGAAGCUAACUGCUUAUUUGGACCUGACGUUGAAGACGUGCUUUGUUAUCCCUCUCAACACAUCAACGGUGAUGCUGCCCCAGGACCUCUUGGAUUUGUUCUUGCAGCUCAUGUCUGGCUCAUACAAGACUUACUUGGUGCAUGAGGAUCUGGUUGUGACUGAGCGCAUUGAUGACCUCACCCCCUUGGGUUACUAUAUUUACAGCUUGUGUGAGGACAGACCAACAUAUAGGAUGCAGCGCCGGAGUGAAAUUAUGGGCCUGCAGAAACGCUCAGUGGAGGAUUGCCACAUAAUACGCCACUUCGAGAAUAAGUUUGUUACCGAAACAAAGAUCUGCCAGGCCUGAGCAAGCAGGAAGUCAGGAGUGGACAGACAUCCACCUUUUGUUGCAGGGUAGGGAGAGGUGAAGUGAGCUAAAAGAGGGAGCAAAGGAGGGCUUAGAGGAAAGGGUCUGUCUUCCAACUCUUGCUGUAGUGUUGAACAUAGGGUGUUUUGUAUCAUUAUAGAGACAGCAGACUUUUCUCUUCUCCCACUUAAGGUGUAGCGAUGUAGCUCUCGUAAAGCAGUUUGUGAUUUCUUACACCUUUUGUCACUACACUACACUGUGUGAUUCACUCUACAGCCUGACUGCAACUCAAACCUUGUUUUAGGGCCUGUCUUCUUUUCUCUGUCACCAUUUUUUGUGGAUAAUGAUUUGUGAACUGCAAUAUGUUAACCUGGGUAAACCUAAGUUAAUUGCUAUAUUUUGUUUGUUUUGGUGGUGUGUUUUUUUUUUUGCAGAAGUAUACUAGCUAAGCACAUGUUGAUGCACCUAGUUUAUUCUGUAUGAUAUAUUAACAGCAUACAUGUUUCCAACGUAUUACAUACUACUAUGUAGACCCACAUGGUCUCUAGAUAUCUGAUCAGCGUAACUCUUACAAUUCAACUUUUGUGUUCGUGUUUGAGGAACUACCCAUGUGUAAUUUCCGCAUGUCUACUGAUUUAGCUGACUGUGUAGCAGUGCAUCUGCCAGUGUUUCUGCUAAUGUAUAUCUGUACAAUUAGACAUUGCCCAAUUGUAACAUGCUAAAUCUCAAUCUAAAUUAUAAAUUCCUUAUAAUGAAGGAACAUCUGUAUAAAUGUACUAUGAUGCUAAAAUUUUAGAACAUUCACAGAUUAUAAUUGUAAACAGCUUCUUGUAAACUUUCACACUCAGAGUGGUCCAGCCUGGCCAUCUCUGUCCUCUACCAUCACAUGAUCUCUGCCCUAAACAUCUGUGGUGAGCCACAUUGCAAUGUUCACUGCAGAAACAGUGAUGUUUCUCGACUGAUCAACUGCUUGAACCCUCUGCUCAGGCCUUUUUAAAUCUUUUUUGGAGGACUUGAUGUUUAUCCUUUAGCUAAAAGAUGUAGCAUUGAGAUGGUGUUAAACUUCACUUUACCAGCAGGGUUUUUUUUUCAUUCCAACAUCAUGAGUGCUGUUUAAUUAAUAAGAAGGCGGCGUCUGUCUGAGCAGAACCAGUCUGACAUCUUGCAUGCUGAAACUUUGUUGCAGGUCACUGUAAACCUGGUCACUUCGUAUUGGUGUAAUUAUAUUCGUCUAUGCAUCUGUCAUAAUGGCUUACUAUCGCAACACCCUGCCAACUCUGGCGCAAACCCUGCACGGCAUUGUGGUUGUUCAAUUGUUUUGAAAUUCCCUGCAUUCUGAUAUGUAUAUUUUGGAAAGAUUCGUAGUUUAACUGCUGCUUAGAAAAUGACAAUCAAGCCCGGGGUCUCUGUUGCUGUCUUUCUGUAUGUACAGAAAAACAGACUUGAAAGAUGCUGGACUUAAUCAAUGAAAUGUACUACUGAAAGUUUCAACUGCUGACUGAUGUUUGUUUGAAAAUAAAACUGCAUUUAUUUACUUAAA